AUGUGCUCUGAUAUGUGUGGUAAGUGUUUUGGUAGUUCGCCUAGAGAAUGCACUUAAUGCCCUUAAGAUUAAAUUUAUUUUACUGAAGCAUUUACUUGCUAGAAAGAUGAUAUCUAGUCAGAGGUGAGAAUAAAUAAUAUAAGUUUAGCAUGUAAUGUAAUUCACUGUUAAAAAUGCUAUGAUUUAGAUAUUUGUUUGUAAUGCGAUGAAGGGUACUUCUUAAAUGAAAAAGGGAAAUGUGGAAGUCAAUGUUUAGGGGAUUUGGUAGAAACGCUAGAGGGUUGUGAAUUUUCAUGCUAGACUACUCAAGAUUUUGAAGACAUUAAUACUGGAACUUGUGAAUUUAUAUAAAAUUGCCCUUCAUUUUACUAAAUAUCAGAGUAAUGUCUACAGAGUGUAAUUCUUUACACUCUAGUUAUUAGCAGUCACUUAUUUGUUUUUGAUAGUUAAGGACAAAUACUAAUUUAUUAUCUCCCUGAUAUAAUUUUUUAUACUUAAAUUUCUUUAGACAUUUAAAGUGAAGUUUUAGCAUAUUAUGAAGUCUUUGAAGAUAAUAUUAUUGUUAUAAUCACAGCUUAGACAGUUUACUAUUUAGAUUUGGUGAAUUAUGACAUCCAGUUUUUUUAAGCUCUUCCAUCACCAAUUGUAAAUCAAGAUUUUCAACUGGUAGGAAGUGAUUACAUUGUUUGGAGAACUCCUAUAAAUGGGAAUUUUAAAUUAUAUUCUACACAAUUAGUCUAAUUCGACUCUAUUGAACUUAGUAUUUUAUUUAUUUGA